AUGGCCAACAAAACCGAUAAAGCCAAGGUUAGAUUUUUAGGCCACGUUAUUAUCAAGGAGGGCAUUGUAGUUGAUCCAGCUAAAGUUGAGGCCAUUCUUGAUUGGGAGCCGACAAAGACCGUUAUAAAGAUUCAUAGCUUUUUGGGACUUAUGGGCUACUACAAGAAGUUCAUUCAGUAUUUUUUGAAAAUUGCUACUCCAUUGACACGCCUUAUGAAGAAGGGUGUUCAGUUUGUUUGGGGGCCAGAGUGCCAGAAAGCCUUUGAGACUUUGAUGGCCAAGUUAACUACAGCGCCAGUGCUGAUCAUCCUGAGUAGUGAUAAGACAUUUGUUGUCUACACGGAUGCAUCUUUGUUGGGACAACGAGGCAUUUUGAUGCAGACACAGAGAGUAGUGGCAUACAUUUCAUGGUAG